CUCAUAAUAAUUAUAAUCACAAUCAAGAAAGAAUAUUGGCACAAUCAGCAGUAACAAUUACUUCCACGAGUACUACCACAAAGUCGACAAAUGGCAACUCCGCCUCUUCCUCAUCUCUGUCUUACAUAACUAUCCCAGAAUUCGAUACUGUUCCAAAAUACAUUCUCAACAGACUCACGCGUGAAAAAAUAAAUGAGGCGAUUGAUGAUUUCAAUAAAUUGCUCGCUGAUAAAUACCGUAUUCUCAAAAUGAACACGAGCAGCAUGAAUCAGAACUUAAAAGCGCGAUAUUGGGAAUAUAAAGAGGCAAUUACUGAAGAAACUAAAGGGAAAAAAUUUAUCACAGAAAACGACAUAAAAAAUACAAAUUUAAAAAUUAAUUUGAAGAUGGACGCGACUGGACGUGCAAUCUUUGCCGUCUUACGACAUGUUGGAAAAUUAAAAGAAGUAAGAGGAGGUGGCAAGACGCG